CGUCGUAAGGAUGCGCCGCGAUUUCACAUUUGUUGUGAUUCAGCUGGAGAAGGACAAACACAGAAGAACUGCUGAAGCGACUGAGCUCCACGUGACAGACUGAUAUAAAGAUGGCGUCUAUUAAAGAGGAGAGUGAAGACAUCAAGAUUGAAGAAACAUUCACAGUCAAACAUGAAGAGACUGAAGAAGCUUUCAGAGUCAAACAUGAAGAUCCUGAGGAACAAACAGAUCUGAUUAAACUGAAAGAGGAGAGUGAAGUAAUCAAUGAAAUGAAAGAUGAACCUCAAUAUGAAAAGCAUAAUUUCAUAGCUGAAGGAAACUCUUUUAGUUGCUCCAAUAAUGAAAAGACUUUAUCCCUAAAAAGAGCUCAAGAGACUGGAAGUCAACAACGUGCUAAGAGUAUCAGUAACAAAAUAAGCCAUGAAAGAUGUGUUAAAACUCGGAAAGGACGGAAAUCCUACACAUGCACCCUGUGUGAAAAGAGUUUUAAGCAUACAGGACACCUUAGAGAUCACAUGAGAAGUCAUACUGGAGAAAAACCCUACACUUGCCAACAGUGUGGAAAAAGCUUCAGUCGCAAAAUAACCCUUGAUAGACAUAUUAGAAUUCACAAUGAAGAGAGGCCUUACAUGUGCCAUCAGUGUGGAAAGAGUUUCAUUCAAAAAGGAUACCUUAAAGUCCACAUGAAAGUUCACACUGGAGAGAAACCCUACACUUGCCUUCAGUGUGGAAAGAGUUUCAUACAAAAAGGAAACUACAGAGUGCACAUGAGAACUCACUCUGAAGAAAAGCAGCACACUUGCCCUCAGUGCGGAAAGAGUUUCAAUCAGGCAGGACACCUUCGAGACCACAUCAGAGUUCACACUGGAGAGAAACCCUACACAUGCCCUCUCUGUGGAAAGAGUUUCAUUCAAAAAGGAAACUACAGAGUGCACAUGAGAAUUCACUCUGAAGAAAAGCAGCACACUUGCCCUCAGUGCGGAAAGAGUUUCAGUCAGGCAGGACACCUUCGAGACCACAUUAGAGUUCACACUGGAGAGAAACCCCACACUUGCGCUCAGUGUGGAAAGAGUUUCAAUCAAAAAAGUCACUAUUCUGUCCACAUGAGGAUUCACUCUGAAGAAAAACCCCACACUUGCCCUCAAUGUGGAAAGAGUUUCAAUCAAAAGGUGUUCACGUGCAGCUUUUCUGUCCAGGUGGGACCAGACCUACUUUAUCAGCAUGGAAGAAGUAUCAUUAACAGGAAUUGUUAUGUUUUUGGCCCUUUUGUCUGUGAGUCACUUUUCUGUAUUUUUUUCUAUGCUCACAAUUAUUUUGGAUUCCUCCGACCUCCACAGCACAGAGUAUGCAUUCAGACGUUGGCAACCUGGUGCCAAAAGGGCAUUGAGGUUGGCGGUCUGGCUAAAACUCAGCAAUGCUAAAUUCUCACUAUGAAGAGUAAAAGACAUUCGAAUUUUGUGACUUGGUCCAACAUCUGAGACACUGAUAUUUGUUAUUUACUCCAGGUCAGCAGGUGUGUUAGAUGGCUGCCGAUCUCUGUCUGAGAUGAUUGAAAGAGGCUUUUUUCCAGAUGGCCAACAAUUCACAACUUUUGUCCAAGAUUGUCAAUAACCUAGAUCAGGGAUGGGUAACUUCAGUCCUGGAGAACCAUUGUCCUACAGAGUUUAGCGCUCAACAUCUGGGUUCUUUUACGCGUCCUCCGUUCUUGCUGUCUUUAGUAUUGGAACUAAACUUUGGCGUUUGAUUAUGACGUUACAUGAGAACACAUGAAUGCUUAAUAAUGCAUAUUGAGAAACAGCCACAGAUUAGCUUGUCAAGGUGUCUUUGAUUAGUGUUGGAGCAGAACUCGGCCGGACAAUGGCCCUCCAGGACUGACGUUGCCUAUCCCUGAGCUAGAUUAACUCAAGGUGAGGAUCAGCCCAGAUUCCCCUUCCAAGAUUGCCACCAACCCAGAGUCUGUUUCUGAGUCUGCUGAGUCCUCAUGUGCCAUUAAGUCCUUGUUCUAAUGUACCAUUCCCUGAGUCUGUCCCUCAGCUUGUCCUCUAGGCUAUGUCUGAGCUUGUCUUGGGGAGUUUCCCCAAGCCUUUGUAAGGAGUUAUCAUGCACUGGACCUGAACAAUGCCCACACUGCGCUCUUUUACAUACUUCGCACCAGAGCUGAUCAAAUUAGCCCAAGAAAUAAACAAGUACCUCAUUGCUAUAAACAAACUAUCGUUGUAGUAAAACCUACAUCAGCAAUGACAUUUGCUGCAUGACAUCCGGUCAGUUGCUCAUCACAAGUUUCUUUUAAUUAAAUCAACACCCUCACGAACAUCAAACUGUCUACCUUGUCUACCGAACACCCUACCUUUUGUGUCCUCUUUGGACAUGUGCUCUUCUAUUCAAAAACAAAGGAAUAGAAAACUGGUACAUAUGAGUUAAGCCACAAGUGUCAAAUCCAGUCCCUGGAGGGCCGCAGCUCUGCACAGUUUAAUUUGAACCCUAAUUAAACACACCUGAUCAUACUAAUUGAGUCCUUCAGGCUUGAUUGAAACCUACAGGUGGGUUUAAUUAAGCUUGGAACUAAACUGUGCAGAGCUGCGGCCCUCCAGGAACUUAGUUUGACACCUGUGACUUAAACAAAAGCUGUUCAGCUAAGCCAAGGUUACUUGAUCAAAGGUUUCCUUAAAUGAGUUUCUGUAGAUUUUUGUAGGAAUCUAUUCAAUGUGUUUGAUGUAACCUUUAAAGAUAUUAAUGUUAUAACUUUGUAAUGCAUGAAGCAUGUAAUGUUUGAUAUCAAAUGGGAUAAAAUAUAUAAUUAGGAUGCACUGAUUUAAAUGAGGAAAAUGUAUUGCAAACGGUAUCCGUGUCACAACACGUUAAGAUUGUAAUAACUCUCAAUCAAACCUGAGGUGGUAAAUAGUGCUGUAUUAGAAAUCCCCCAUUCACCUUCAUUCACUAUUCCUUACAUUAGUCCACUUGAAGGAGUGAAUGAAAUGAACGAGUGAACUCAAACACUACUCUAAAGGAAUGUUGUCUUGUUUGUGCUUUGCUGGAGGAUAAAUCCCUCAGAUUAGAUUUUCAACUUCUCGCUGAGACUCUGUGAUUGUUAUUUAACACUUAGCAAGCUCUUUAUUAGUAAUGAAACAAACACUUUUGAUUUCUGUCAUGUAAACAAACGUUACUUCAAUUAAAUACUAUUUUAACGUUAACCACACACCGAGAGGAUUUGGCUUUAGAUGCCAUCUUGUGGUCAAAUUCAGAAAUUCAUUUGGUGAGCAAACUCUCACAGUGCAUUACGGGGAUUGAGUGUACGUGGGUUGUAGAGUCGUUGUUACUUUGCAUUGUGGGACUGAUUGAGUGCACUUUAUAACGUCUACUAUGUUUUCAAAUAGUGCACUAUUUGAGGGUAUAGCGGACUGUUUUGGACACAGCCUAGGUGUGUGACACCACCCAGUUCCCUGCAGCCGGUUGGAAGACCCACUUGUCGGACUCCUAUAAAACGUCUAACACCUUUGCUCUGCUGCUGGAUGUCUUUCCAUGUUGCUUGAAGACUUCCAGUGUUGUCUCCAUCACCGUAUUUAAACAAGGCAACCCGUUCCAUGCUUCCAAGCACUCUCAACCAGACACUCUCUAUUCACCAAAGAAGGAAACCCCAAAUAUUGGAGCUGCUUAGAACACAAACAAAAUUCAGUCCCUCUCUGAAACUGGUGUGAAUUGAUUUUAGCAGUAAAGACGAGCCAAAUCUCAGCUUUUGUGGAUUUCUCGAUGCAGUUCUGAGAACUUCGGGACUUGAUUAUUUAUUCAAUAUCUCAAUAUUAUUUAACUCUCGUCCUCAGAACUGUGUAUGUGUACGGAUGUGUUGUGCGCGUGUGCAUGUGCAUUAGUAGUUAGUUACAUGUAUCCUAGUGUAGCUCAAUAAACUUGUUUUGUUUUUAAGA